AUGACCUCUCGUCCAGUCCGCCGUGGCCAAGGCCUGGCUGCUGAACGACGCCGCCUCCAGCAGGAGCAGGAGCGGGAUGAGUACCAACACCCAAACCAACUACGCUACCAACACCACCUCCAAUACCGCCGACACCAACAUCAGCUUCAUCAUCGACGAAAGUCAACCCUGACAUCGGUUAUUGGCACUGCACGCACCACCUCUCCUGCACGCAUGCGCUUCCCACAAGGCGCACGCACGCUUCGUAUCAAGUUCGUGCUCCUGGCACUGCCGGCUUCGAUCGUGCUCAUCUUUCUCACCUCGGUCUUCUACCGUCGUGACCUUCACUCGCAGCGUGUGUUCACGCAUUCCAAGAGCAACGACGUUCUCCCCACGUCGAAAUGGACGGGCGAGCAGCAAGACCGACGUGAACAGUGCUGGGCGCAGUGGGUCAGCACUGGCACUGUGUGCAAGGGUCCACCCAACUUCUGGUCACCCCAAGACCGUUUGGACCUGGUAUGGAUGUGGAACAAUGCGAGUCUGACCUCGUCGCCGUCUUCGCUGCAAAGCAAAGACUCAAGCAGGACUGUUUCGGACCUGCUCCGCUAUUCUUUUCGAUCAGCACAGCGAUACAUGCAAUCUGGCUUUGGCACCGUCACUCUACUGACACCGGAUGUUCCGAUCGCACCCAGCACAGACUCGGCAGCAGCAUGUACGCACGCUUAUACCGAUUCUCAAGGACUCGCGAACUCGGGUCAGCGUCCCUGUUGGCUCAGCACGGCCGACCCGGUGUAUGAACCGCCGUCGCUUCUGCACCACCGCCAGGUCGCCUGCGCAGACGAGAGCGGUCUGGCCAAGCACCGCUGUGCAGAUGCCGCGUCGAGCGUCGCUGCAUCUGCGUCCGCAUCCGACUCGCUGCUGCUUGCUGCCGUGGCACCCGAGCUAUCCGACGUCCGCCUGGCCAUUUCACCACAUCACAUCUUUGCAGCUCCCGUGUCGGCGAGCGACUUUUGGACGCCAUUGUACGGCCCCGUCUUCCGUCUGGGCUCCAGUGCAGAAACCGACGAGAUUCCCAUCGCGAACGCCGAUGCUGUCGGCACACUUGCUGAGGAUGCUCCUAUCAUCCGUGCCAACGCGCUUCUCAAUCAGAGGUUCGGAGAACGUCCGAGAAGAAAGCUUCUGGAUCUGCCUCAGCCCAUUUCGAAAACGGUUGUUGCAGAAUUGCAACAGACGUGGCCGAACCAGCUCGACCUAUCCUCCUCGCACGAUCUCGGAACGCUGCACGCUCACUACACAGCAGAGAGGUACCGCGAAGCACUCUUGUGGUCGUUCCUCGUUGCAAAGCAUGACCGCGAUGCGGACGGAGUCUACUCGACGCAGGAAGCUACAGCUUUGCUUCGAGAUCUUGGCGCGGCCGACAUGCGCAAUCCUUCGUUCCCUGUCGUCCAUUUGCCGAUGCGGAGCUCGCUGGAAAGUUCGACCGUGGCACUUCACCUGAAACACGCAAGUCUCACGGCGCGCUUGUCACACCAGUUCUUGCAGAGCUCGAUUGACGGAUCUGCAUUUUAUGUUCCGCGGUCGUCAUCCGAGUCAUCUCUCGGGGGCGGCAACGUUGGUUCGGAUGCGGAUGCAGCAGACGCAACGCAGACGCAGAAGACCGAGGCCUGCAAGCUCGAAAUGGUCUGCGUCCAGUCGCUGUUGAUGGCCAAUGGAAGCACUGUCAAGCCCAGCGUGUCCGAGUUGUUUUCGCAGGUUACCUACCGAUUGCCCUCGUGCGGCGACUGCAUGGUUCUGCAUCUGGUGGGCAAAUCGGGCCUCCAAGGUCUCUCUGCAUUCUUACCAGACGACGAGCUGGUCAUGCCACCGCUUGCGGCCUUGCCCUCGCCACCGACGUUCGAAAAGGUCGAUGUCUCGAUCAAGCCUGCAUCCGGCAGCACUGAAAAGAAGCGCUUGGAUGUCGUGACUGGAUUGCUAUCGCGCUACAUGCACUCGAUCAUCCUCGAAGAGACGUUCGUCACGCCAGCCAUGACGAAUCGCUCGGCUACUGCAGAGAGCCUAUCCACGCUUGAAUUUUUCGACAAUUCGUCGGCGUUCGGCUUCAGGCAGCACGGCUCGCCCUCGCCGACACCCCGAGCAGAAGACACGUGGAUCUGGGUCAAGUAUGUACGCGCCUGGCUGUCGGUGCGAUACCCUCUCGUAAUGCGUUUCGAGUCACACACCUCCGAGCUCUAG